CUUCUUCUUUAGCUGAAGCUGGGAGUUUUUAUGGAGUACUGUUUGAGAGAAAUAAAAGGAAAACAAGCUCAUGAUCCCAUAUUUAUCGAGAAGAUGAUGAAGUGGCCGUCGUCUCGGUGUUUAUACGUUCCGGGGCCGGUUAUCGUCGGCGCGGGUCCGUCGGGUCUAGCGACGGCGGCUUGCCUGAAAGAGAAAGGAGUCCCGAGCGUAAUCCUCGAGAGAUCGAGCCGCAUAGCGUCUUUAUGGCAGCUCAAGACAUACGACCGCCUUCGUCUUCACUUGCCGAAGCAAUUCUGCGAGCUUCCAUUAAUGGCGUUCCCCAGUGAUUUCCCUAUUUACCCUACCAAGCAACAGUUCGUGGACUACUUGGAAGCCUACGCUCAGAAAUUCGAUAUAAAGCCGAGGUUCGACGAGACGGUUUCACAGGCGGAGUACGACGGAGCGUUGGGGUUUUGGCGAGUGAGAAGCGUUGGGGUUAAAGGGAAGGUUAUGGAAUACGUUUGUCGGUGGCUGGUGGUGGCGACGGGGGAGAAUGCGGAGGCGAUGACGCCGGAGAUGGAAGGAAUGGAGGAAUUCGGUGGGGAGGUAAGGCAUACGAGUUGGUAUAAGAGUGGAGAAGAGUUUAGAGGGAAAACGGUAUUGGUUGUGGGGUGUGGGAAUUCAGGCAUGGAGGUGUGCUUGGAUCUUUGCAAUCAUAAUGCAAAGCCUUCACUUGUGGUCAGAGACACAGUCCAUGUCCUCCCGCAAGAGAUGCUAGGGAUACCGACUUUCGGGUUGUCCAUGUGGCUGCUCAAAUGGCUGCCGUUGCGGCUCGUCGAUCGGUUGUUACUGAUUGUGUCUCGGUUGAUUCUCGGCGACACUGCUCGCUUCGGAUUGCCCCGGCCGGAGCUGGGUCCUCUUGAGCUGAAGAAUCUGUCGGGGAAAACACCAGUUUUGGAUGUUGGCACGCUUGCUAAAAUCAAAAGUGGAGACAUUAAGGUACGUCCAAGUAUAAAGAGCCUAAAACGACACGCCGUGGUGUUUGUUGAUGGCAAAACCGAGAACUUUGAUGCAAUCAUAUUAGCAACCGGAUACAAAAGCAAUGUACCCUCUUGGCUAAAGGAAAAAAAGAUGUUCUCAGAGAAAGAUGGGUACCCUCGGAAGUCAUUCCCCAAUGGGUGGAAAGGUGAACGUGGGCUAUAUGCCGUGGGGUUCACUAAACGUGGAUUGCUCGGUACAUCGAUGGACGCUACGAAGAUCGCAUGCAACAUUCAACGGUGUUGGAACGACGAGGCUAAGCAUCGUUUGCCCUUCGCUCCACUUUUUCCCCAAUGAUCAUAGCUUUGAUUGUUUUGAAGUAAGAUGAGAGAUAGAAACAUAUUUUUGGUUAGUAAAGCAUACAUACUACAUAUGGGCAGCUGUGGAUUUUGAUAUCGGACAUGUAUUCGUAUCCGAAACUCGACCGGACUAUGAUGUCUACUU